AUGCACAUGGCUCUGAGUCUUAAGGACCGCACCCUCCGUCACAUGAGCCAUGAAGAGUGGUUAACCGGAGUUUCCCCUAAGGCUGAUGGGGUGUGGAAUCUCCAUCAAGCUGUUGAAGGGCUUUCUCUCGAUUUCUUCGUUCUGUUUGGCUCCGUGGUGGGCAUUUUGCAAACCGGAGGACAGGCUAACUACGCCGCGGCCAACACUUUCCUAGACUCCUUCGCCGCGUUCCGCCAGCAGCAGGGCCUGGCUGCCUCGGUAAUCAAUCUGGGGUCUGUUGAGGAUGUCGGGAUAGUGAGUCGGUCUUCGGAAUACAUGCAUAAUGCCCUCACCUCGAGAGCCCCGAUACUGAGUGAGAGAGACGUUCUACGGGGCAUUCAGCUUGCUAUCCGUGAUUCAUCUUCGCCAUCACACCUCUCUCCCCUUGCCGUCGGAAUUGGAUACAACCCACCGGUGACAGAAAAGGGCUCGGCGUUGCCGCCUUGGGGAGUAGAUGCGCGAUUUUCACUCUUUGCAAAUAUCCCUUUGCCGACAGUGGAGGCACCAGCGGGGAAAAUAGAAGAAGACGAGAUGCGUGUGCUCUUGACCAAGGUAUCCCAAGACCCAUCCGUUCUCCAUGACCCGGAUACAGCUGCCGUCGUUACGAAUGAGAUUGGCCGCGCAAUGUGGCGGAUGAUGGCCAUCGAUAAAAAAGAAAUGAGCGACGACGAAAUCGCCAGCCAGGUAAUCGACUCACUUGCGGCAAUCGAGGUCCGAAACUGGAUGAGACGAGUUGCGAGGAUAGAGUUGUCUGUGGCAGACAUGCAACGAGCUGGCACCGUAGGCAAAUUGGCGGAAGUGAUGAUGGAGCAUCUUCGCUCGACACAUGGACAGAGCUGCUGA